AUGGGCAUCAUAACGUCCCUAUUCUCUCUAUUCGGCCCCGGCGCCGCCCUCUGCGCCGCCUGCGAGAUCUUAGCUGUGAUCUGGCCGCGCGUGCGACUCUGGAUGGCCAACGACGCACCGCUGACACGGUUCCUACACGCCGCGCGGGGGAAGCCGGCGUGGGCAUUCGUUGCGGGCGCUGGGCAGGAGCCUAUCGCUCGGGAGCUGUGCUUCGGGCUGGCUGCGCGCGGGUUCAACAUCGUUCUGUACGGCACUGGGCCUGGCUGCCGCGGCGGAAAAGUUACGAUGCACAGACUGCUAGCUUUCCGAGCGCAGCUUCUGAGGGCAAACCCGCAGAAUAAAUAUCGCGUUGUGGUUGUAGAUACGGACGCACAGGGCGAUGCGGUGGAGGGGUUUGUGGCGAGGGUAGGGGGGUCGCUGGAGGGUGCGAAUUUGACUCUGCUGAUUGAUUGUGUUGGCGAUGCUGGUGGCAUAGUCUUACCGCAGUUGAAGGCUGUGUUGAUAUCACUUCUUAAGCGGAAUACGCCUGCGCUGAUUAUCAACGUGGCUUCUUCGAUGCCUGGUAGCGGCUAUGGGACACAGCCGUGUUAUUCGCACAGGGAGUAUGAAUGCCUUUCUCAAGACGGCGUUAACGUUGUUUCGUGCCAUAUCGGCGAUGUAGCUGUCGGUCAUAAGGAGAAAUUGUUGUUCCACCGUUCUGCACAGCGGGCACUAGCCGAGACAGUGUUACUGCAUGCAGCUUCUAGCAGCAGGAGCGCUAUUGUAUACCCCUAUUGGUCACAAGCUAUUUUGCAGAUGACACGGAAGACGUUGCUAGGAAUGGCUGCGGAUCAGCUCUUGUCUGCUACUCGCGGAGAUGUAACAAAGAGAUAG